GUUACCAUGGCAACACCACGUCAGCAGGGCAAAAGUAACCUGUCUCGCACGGUCUAAACCUUACUAGUGGGUGAACAAUCCCAGGCUUUGAGCAUAUCGCUUCACAAUGACAGCAAGGGCCGACGUGGAAAGAUCAAAAAGCGAGGUCGCUGUGGUCGCUGGGCUGCCGGGAGCCAGUUAGCCCCGUGGGAACUUUCCUGACUCCUCCUGCUUCAAACCCAGGCGGUCAGAAGGAUCGUGAGGCCCUGCCUUCGAAAAUGAAGCCCCAGCGAGCUUUUGCUUUCUUCUCCCGGAGCUCGCUUUAGGACACCCGCGCCUCCCGCGGAGGGCGCCGUCCCGAGCCUGCGGCACUGUUCUUGUUCAAAUCCCGCGCUCGCCCGCCCGCACCAGCGCAGCUCGAUGUGCCGCGUGUAGCGCCCGAGAAAGUCCCGGAUUCAGUCCUCACCGGGGGACGAGGAAGUAAUGUAGCUCCAAGUUUUAUUUUUUAAAUAAAGGUAUAUAACUCUCACCCCCAUGAUGAGAAUAUAAAUCCAGCGACGGAAUGUAAGUCCAGCGACCAGCCCCGCCCGCUCUGGGGCUACCAAUGGGUUCGCGGUUGUCCCGGAGAAAAAAAGGAGGCGGAAGCUCUGAGGUUCUAGAAAGAAGAGGCGCCCAUUGAAAGGCUGCACGGAGGCCAGGGAGCUCUCAGCGACACGGCGAUAGAGGGACGGAGGAGCGCAGGCGACAGGGGAAUUUCCAGGGUACAGGGAAAGUCGUAUCACUUGUAAUCUAAUCUGAAGUUUAGAAAGCGGCUUUAGGGAGCCUGUCUGCCAGCACAAGCUCCUGGGUCCCUCUUCGGCGGUGGGAGUCUCAGCAGCUUCUGGGCUGAACCGACCUGAGGAACCGGCGCCGCUGGGCGCACGGCCGCGCGCUCCGCUGUACGCCUGGGGGCGGGGAUGCGGCUACUGCUCUGGUGCGGCGUGCUGCUGACCGCAGGUUCUCUGAAAGUGGAGGUGCCAGGAAGGCCACUGACGGUACGCCUAAACGACAAUGUCACCAUCCCCUGCAAAGUCCAUGACUUCCCAAUGCUGGACCAUAGUUCUAUGGGCAUGAGGUGGAAACGUGAGAAUCAGGUGUCUAAUGCAGAGGACACGGUGUUGGAGAUAUAUGGUGAUAAAAAAAACGUUACCCGAACUGGGGCUGAAGUGUCUCCAGAUUGGUUGAAGUCCGGUGAUGCCUCACUGUAUCUGCCUGGGGUCCAGGUGGGAGAUGAAGGAAUGUACCGGUGCCAGGUGGUGGUCCCCCCUCAGAUGCAAGAAGAAAUGGUCUUGCUGGAAGUUACAGCUGAGCCAACUUUGUUUCUGGAGAAAAGCAUGGAGAAAACCAAUGAAAGUGAUGGCAUUUACCUUAUGUUUCAUGCCAGUGGGUUCUACCCAGAAGCCAUUAACAUAACGUGUCAGAAGUGGACCCAGAAUGUUUCCCAGAGGAUUUUCACAGGGAUCCACACUCCUCCCACUAUCGAGAAUGAGGAUGGUACAUUUAGCAUCACCAUCUACUUGACAAUCAGUCCCUCUCCUGUGGACAGUGUGAUCACCUACCAGUGUGUGGUGUGGCACCGCUCCUUGAACACCUCCAAGAAUCUGAACUUCACACUGCCUGGGAGUGAAGCUAAGAAGACACAUCGCUCCCGGAUCCCUAUUGUUGCUUCUAUUGUAUUGAUUUCAAUGGUGGUUAUUUUUCUUUAUAAUCAGGGAAGGCGCCAGUCUUAUGAACAAACGCCCAGCAGUGACACUGAAGAAGGAACCACAGCCCCAUCGAGUGCGGCAGUUUGCCCAGAUGCCUCCAAUCCUUCCCUCCUAGUUUGCACAGAUGACUCCAGUCCUUCACACAAGUCUCUAUGUCCUUGUCUGUUGUGACAUAGCUUUACAGUGCCCUCCAGCACACUCCCUGGUUGUGGUGCUCAAACAUGUGCCUUGCUUUAGUCAACUCAGAGUGACUACAGGCCAGUUCUCAGCGUGGCCCUAGAGGGGCCUUUUGUGUCUUCCUUUGCUGUGUUUGGUGCCUGUCACACGAGAAGGAUGAGUCCAGGCUGACCUGCUGGAGGAGGAGCCAUACAGGAAGCAGAGCGCCGUCAUCCUAGGUGCAGUGACAGCAUUCAUCUCCACUCAGGCCAAUCUACCUGUGGUCAGCAGCGCUGACAGAGCCAACUCUAAGGACAAGAGAAAAUGUUUUAAUUUAUUGUGAAGAGAAAUAAAAUAAAACAAAAUUUCAAAACAA